AUGGCAACCUCUGAAGGAUAUUUUCGCCCGGGCAAUCACGGCUCCAUUCCCACGGUCACGCAACUCCAGCGCAGGCACCAGGGACCGUGUAGCGAGCCAUGGCAACAUCUGGUCAUCGUGGACUUCAGAGCAGGCCUGGCCUGCUGCCGGUGUUAUCCAACUAGUAGUACAAUUUGGGGAAAAUUGCAGACGCCGUUAAAACUGCAGACUGACAUGAACGGAGGUGCGUCAUCCCAAUUGCGUUCAAUCAAACAACGGCCGGCUGCCGGCACCAGCGGCAGGAUGCACCGUGCCGUGCGAGUGAUGUUACGCUCGGAGUCGGAGCGCAGGCUCCGGAAGUGGAAGGCGAGCACGGCAGCGCGAGCGACACGGGGGGCGUGCCGAUGGAGUCGCGAAACGCACGAAGAAACCGUACCCUUGUCCGACUCGCAGUCCGCAACUCGACACGCGCGCCACGCCACGCCGCGCCCCGCUCCCUUCCCGACUCCGGAGCGCAGCCUGCGCCGCUGCCCACUGAACUCCUCUUCCCCUUCCGCCUCGGCUCCCCCCAUCUCCUUCCGAUUUCCCGAGCCCCCGAAAUUCGAAUCGCCCGCGUCCCGAGCCCUCGCCCGCACGCCGCCGAUGCCCUCCAAGCGGCCGUCCCCGCACGCCAUGGACGAAGCCGCCUCCGCAGCCGCCGCGCGCCUCCGCCCCUCCACCCCGCGCUCCAAGAAGCGCACCUCCCGCUCCAAGUCCCGCGGCCGCUCCCGGGACCGCCGCCGCUCCUCCCCGAACCCUAACCCUAGCUCCCGCCGCGAGCGCGCCGCGGACCACGGCUCUGCCGCCGCGCCCUCCCGCAAGAGCGACCGCAAGCCCAAGCCGCGCUCCUUCCCGGACUCCGCCACGCUCGCCACGGCCAUGGCCUCGGUCGCCGCCGCCGCCGCCUCCUCCGCGGCCCCGGCGUCCGGCGGGGGCCGUGGCAGCGCGGGCGCCGUCCAGAAGCUCUGGACCGAGUCCGACGAGGUCGCGCUGCUCACGGGCGCCGUCGCCUUCAAGGACCGCACCGGCAUCGCGCCGCGCCUCCCUGACAUGGGCGAACUGUUCGAGUCCAUUAAGGACUCCCUCGCGCCGCACCUCGACCAGGCCAAGGUGUACUACAAGCUCAAGCGCCUCAAGAGCAAGUUCCAGCACUCCGUGCCGGGCGAAUCCAGCACCGCGCACGAGCACCGGCUGCGCGACCUGGGCGCGGCCCUCUGGGGCGCUGAGCUCGCGCGCCCUGAAGAGAAGGCCAUCGCGGUGGCUGAGGAGGCCGACGAGGAUGACGCUGACGAGGGAUUCGUUGGCGGGGAUAGGGAGGGGGCCGUGAAGCUUCCUAUGGUCAAGGAGGUGCUUGGAGAGUACUGGAGGCUCAACGGGCAGACCAUGUCAGGUGUGUCGCUGGAGAAGGGGUUGGCGAUGCUUGGGCCACAAGAGGCUAGUGUGGCCGAGGUCAAAUGGAGGCGACAGCUUGAGGCAGAUAUGCGCAUGCAGAUGCGCCGGCAUGAUCUGGAAAAGGAGGUCUAUGGCCUGCUCAUCGAUGCCAUCAAAGGCCUAGGGCCUUAG